AUGAGCCUCUCUGAAAACAUUGGGGAGCAACUGGCAAUCACAGUACUAAGCUACAUUGGCUAUGAAAACCUGGCCGCAAUUUAUCCCGUAUACAAGACGCAUUCUAGUAAUUGCACAAGAUCUGAGGAUCCCCUCCCAAUUCCUCAUGAAUUUUACCAGCCGGGUGACCUUAUCAUCGGUGGGAUUGUUUCUCAGGUCUUCUUCCUCUAUGAUAACCUCUCUUUCAUGGAACAGCCUGCAGAGAUGGUUCUGGAUGAACCUAUUACUGUGUCUAAGAACUACCAGCAUGUCUUGGCCUUGGCAUUUGCUGUCAAAGAGAUCAAUGAGAAUCCCAAAAUCUUACCCAAUAUUUCUCUGGGUUUCCAUAUCCUCAAUAGCUACUAUAUGGCAAGGAUGACCUUUAAGGCCACCCUGAAUCUGCUUUCCACCCGACAUAGGUUUGUCCCCAACUUCAAGUGUCACAACCAGAACAAUCUGAUAGCUCUUAUUGGAGGAUGUCUCUCUGAAACCUCUGCCAAUAUGGCCAUCAUUUCAGCAAGCCAUAAGACUCCACAGCUCCAUCCAUUUCUAAGCAGCAUCUCAUUCAACAACAAUGCUGGAGACACUGUGCGUUUUAAUGAAAAUAGUGAAUUAAUUUCAGGAUUUGAUAUUACAAACUGGGUAAUGUCUCCCAAUGGCUCGGUCGUUAGAGUAAAUGUUGGAGUUCUGGAUCCUCAGGCUUCUGCUGGAACUAUCUUAAGGAUUAAUGAUGACCAAAUUGUGUGGCAUAGAAGCUUUAAUCAGGUGCUGCCCCUUUCUGUGUGCAAUGACAACUGCUAUCCUGGCUACAGCAAGAAAAAGAAGGAAGGAGAGAAAUUUUGCUGCUAUGACUGUGUUCCAUGCCCAGAAGGGAUGAUCUCCCACCAGAAGGACAUGGAUGCCUGUGUCAAAUGUCUAGAAGAUCAGUAUCCCAAUAAGGACCAAACACAAUGCAUCCCCAAGCUUCUAAGCUACCUCUCUUAUGAAGAAACUUUAGGAAUCAUCUUGACUAUCUUGGCUAUUUCUUUCUCUUUGAUCACAACAUUGGUGCUUGGAAUCUUUCUGAAGCACAAGGACACCCCUAUAGUCAAAGCCAACAACCGGAGCAUCACCUACAUCCUCCUCAUCUCCCUCUUUUUUUGCUUCCUCUGCAACUUGCUGUUCAUUGGACAGCCGGGAAAGGUGGUGUGCCUUCUCCGACAGAUGUUUUUUGGCACUGUCUUCUCUGUGGCCCUUUCCAGCAUUUUGGCCAAAACCAUCACUGUGGUUGUGGCAUUCAUGGCUAUCAAACAAUGGUCCAAGAUGAGGAAAGCAGUAGGGAAAGGACUGGCUAAUUGUAUUGCCCUUUCUGGCUCCCUGAUUCAAGUAGGCAUUUGUACAAUUUGGCUAUGUACAUACCCUCCAUUCCCAGAUGUGGACAUGCACUCAUUGGAUGGGAAAAUCAUACUGGAAUGUAAUGAGGGCUCUGCUUCUAUGUUGUACUGUGUCUUGGGAUAUUUGGGUUCCCUGGCAAUUAUCAGCUUCAUUGUGGCUUUCUUAGCCAGGAAGUUACCUGACAGUUUCAAUGAAGCCAAGUUUAUCACUUUUUGCAUGUUGGUGUUUUGCAGUGUUUGGUUAUCCUUUGUUCCAUCCUACCUGAGUACCAAAGGAAAAUAUGUGGUGGCCGUGGAGAUCUUCUCCAUUUUGUCCUCCAGUGCUGGAUUAUUGGGUUUCAUCUUUUUCCCUAAAUGCUACAUUAUUGUACUGAGGCCUGAGCUGAAUAACAGGGAGCACCUAGUAAGAAGGAAAAAAUGA